GCUCCUCCGCAGCGAUGUGAGGAGGGAGGGAGAGAGAGAGAGAGAGAGAGAGAGGAAGCAGAGGGUGAACACUCGGUCCAACACUCGCAGCAUCAUGGCACCUAUCGGAUUAAAGGCGGUGGUCGGCGAAAAGAUUAUGAAUGAUGUAAUCAAGAAGGUGAAGAAGAAGGGAGAAUGGAAGGCGCUGAUUGUGGACCAGCUGAGCAUGAGGAUGUUGUCAUCCUGCUGCAAGAUGACAGACAUCAUGACAGAGGGCAUCACCAUUGUGGAGGACAUCAACAAGCGACGAGAGCCUCUUCCCAGCCUGGAGGCCAUUUUUCUGAUUACACCCACAGAGAAGUCUGUCCACUCCCUCAUCGCAGACUUCAAAGAUCCUCAUUCAGCUAAAUACAAGGCAGCCCAUGUUUUCUUCACUGACUCCUGCCCUGAUCCUCUUUUCAAUGAGCUGGUGAAGAGCCGUGCUUCCAAAUCCAUCAAGACUCUGACGGAGAUCAACAUCGCCUUCUUGCCCUACGAGUCUCAGGUGUACUCUCUGGACAAUCCAGAUGCCUUCCACAGUUUCUACAGCCCCCAUAAGACCCAGCUGAAGAACCCGGUGAUGGAGAGGCUGGCUGAGCAGCUUGCCACACUUUGUGCCACCUUGAAGGAGUACCCAGCUGUCAGAUACCGAGGCGAGUACAAGGACAACGCCACCCUGGCUCAGCUGGUUCAGGACAAACUGGACGCCUACAAGGCUGACGACCCCACUAUGGGAGAGGGUCCCGACAAGGCUCGCUCACAGCUGAUCAUCCUGGACAGGGCGUUUGACCCCGUCUCUCCUGUCCUGCACGAGCUCACCUUCCAGGCCAUGGGCUACGACCUGCUGCCCAUCGAAAACGACGUCUACAAGUAUGAGACCAGUGGCAUCGGAGACUCUCGUGAGAAGGAGGUUCUGCUGCAUGAAGACGAUGACCUGUGGGUGAGCCUGAGACACAAACACAUAGCUGAGGUGUCCCAGGAAGUGACACGCCAGCUGAAGGACUUUUCUGCCAGCAAGAGGAUGAACACUGGGGAGAAGACCACGAUGAGGGAUCUGUCCCAGAUGCUGAAGAAGAUGCCUCAGUACCAGAAGGAGCUCAGCAAGUACUCCACUCAUCUGCAGCUGGCUGAGGACUGUAUGAAGCAUUACCAGGGAACAGUGGACAAGCUGUGCCGUGUGGAACAGGAUCUGGCUAUGGGCACAGACGCUGAGGGAGAGAAGAUCAAAGACCCCAUGAGGGCCAUCGUGCCCAUCCUGCUGGAUGCCAACGUCAGCACAUAUGACAAGAUCCGCAUCAUCCUGCUCUACAUCUUCCUCAAGAAUGGCAUUACGGAGGAGAACCUGAACAAGCUGAUCCAGCACGCUCAGAUCCCCCCUGAGGACAGUGAGAUCAUCACCAACAUGGCUCACCUGGGCGUCCCCAUCAUCACAGAUUCCACCCUCCGCCGAGGAAAGAAGCUGGACAGGAAGGAGCGUGUGAGCGAGCAGACCUAUCAGCUGUCCCGUUGGACACCACUGGUGAAGGAUAUCAUGGAGGAUGCUAUUGAUGAUAAGCUGGACACCAAGCACUACCCCUACAUCUCCACCCGCUCCUCUGCCUCCUUCAGCACCACUGCAGUCAGUGCUCGGUACGGCCACUGGCACAAGAAUAAGACACCUGGAGAGUACCGCACUGGGCCACGUGUCAUGGUCUUCAUCAUCGGCGGUGUGUCCUUCAGCGAGAUGCGCUGCGCCUAUGAGGUCACACAGGCCAAUGGGAAGUGGGAGGCGGUCAUUGGAUCGACCAACAUCUUCACCCCCACCGCCCUGCUGGAGCAGCUCAAGACCAUGAACAAACCAGACGAGGAAGUGACAAGCUAAAAUCCUCCAAUCACAUCUCUCUCCUCUUUACCUUAACCCUGCCCCUCACUCCACCCCACCCCACCCCACCCUCUACCCGUCACCCAUCUUACCUCUGUAUCCUUCCCCCACAAAUCUUACAUUAAUUGUUUAUGCAUCUUGCUUGAGAAGAAAAAAAAGAUAUCUUAGAUGAUUAAAAAAAAAAUGUAUCAAAGAAUAAAAACAGUUGCAAGUAUUCUCAUGUUUUACAAUGGAUGCAACUAAAUGAACUUAUUUAAAAAGGUUUAAAUAUCAGAACAGAAGGCCAUUUAAAACUGAAAGUACCAAAAUGUAAUAUUAUAUGCUAUAAAACCUGCUAGAAUGUGUAAAAGGUAGACAUUUUCUCUUGUUUGAUCCUUUGGGUUUCCUCCUUGGUGUGAGUUUUAUUGGAAGCGGGUGGAGGAGGGAUGCACAGUUUGAGAGGUUGAUGUCGUAAAAUAUGUCAUAUCAGUCAACAUGCAAUAUAUAUAUAAUUAAUAUAUUCAUCAGAGAGGAGCCCCUAACCCCUCCCCCCGUCCAUUUGAGAUGUUCGUAUUCAGUAGCAUGCUUGGACUUGUGUUGGACUGUUAAUGUGUUUGUAUCCAGUGUGGAUGUUCUGGGAGCUGCAGAGUUAGCAUUUAGCUGUUUCCCCAAGAUGUCGAGCUUGAAUACUCUGCUGAAAAGCUUUGUUUUGAGUAUCAAAAAAAGUGGGAAAGCGCGCUUUGAGACUUUUCAAACCACUCCUGAAGAAUCUGCGCUCUCAGGUGCCAGUUUAUGAGGUACAAAUCUAUGGCCAUAAAGUGGUUAUUGCUCACAAAAAGUCCUUUUAAUAAGAUGAUUUAUACAAAAAUGUAGGUAAGAUUUCAGACAUUUUUAUUUAUGUAUGUGGAAUUUAAAUUAACCAUUCGCUUCCCAGAGUAUUUGAUACUCAAAACAUACAUUUUCAGUUAAGUAUUGGUUUAAAAAUGCUUGGUUUAGCAGAUGUUGGAAAGAGAGUGCUCUGUAAAAAGCCAGAAUCAUCCCUCCUCCGGCUGCCGAGACUGUAAAGUAUUGACUUGCCACAACCUUUUUCCUUUCUCCGGAGAAACUUCACGUUUUAAUGUCGAAAAGGCCGUUGCUUGCUGAUAUUUAAUGAAUAAUCUUAAAAAGGGCCAGUUGUAUUUCAGUAUUGUAUCCUGUCAGAAUAAGUCUUAUCUUUGGUUAGUAAUGAUGUUUAAUUGGGCCAUGCACUGAGUAGUGUUGUGUAUCUGCCAUAUGUUGCUGUUUUAGCGUCUCACUGUUGACUGGUGAUAUUUCUGACUGUGAAGUAGUGAUACUUUUCCUUUAUCAAUGCCAAUGUGAAGCCGCCGUGUUUGUGAUGUUUAGCUGUAGUUGUUAGUCGUCAACCGGGAAAAAGAACUAAUAUCUAUAUUUUCUUUGUCUGUUUCCUCCUCUGGUGCAAUGUAAAACCCUCUAAUGGUGAAUGGCUUUGCUAAAAAAAAAACCUUAAACCCCCUUUUCACUUUUAUUUCCUCCCUCCCUCCCUCCCUCCCCUCUUUCCUGGCCAAACAAGUUGUAUAUUGCACUAUAAUGCGUUUUCUGUGAUGCAAACGCUUGACUUUGUGUUUAUUUUUUUCUAUUAUAAUUUGCUGUUGUAUAGGGUUCACUCCGUCAAAUCAAUUGAUUUAUAUCAAAAUUAUUUAUCAGAGAAAAAAUAAUAAUGAUACAUUAGUCUGUCCUAAAACUGUUUAACUUAUUGGGAUUGUAUGUUUGCGAGUGUUGAAGCACAAACAAUACUUCCAUGUGUACCUAAUAUGUACUAAGGCUGUCUAAUAAAUUGGCUUCCAUAA